AUGAUGCGUCGUAACUCCGACAUCGAGAUUCAGCUCCCGGACGCAGGGCCGACCCCCCUUUCUCCCGAGUCGGCACCAGAGGCCGACAUUGAAAUGCUCUACGACGAACCUGUUCUGCCUCUGACGCUCCCACCGAACAUUGCCGCUCGCUUUUACCGCCGAAGCAGCAAGAUACGACGCUCCUCCAGCGUCUCAUCCCGCAGGAGCUCUAUUUCCUCAUUACAUUCACACCACUCGAACGCGUCUAAUGGCGCAGCAACCGACGAUAAUAUAGCGCAACACCUUCGUCGUACUACGAUCAUCGAGAACCGUAAGGCUAGACUGGCUGAUCGUGCACUCCACGCCGAGAAGGUCAGACUGCGUGCGGCCCUUGCAAAAGCAGCGACACGAAACCUUCAAAUCGAGGCGCGGGCGCUGGCUGCUCAACAGGCUCGGGAGCGUCUCUUGGCAGAUAUAGCAGCGAAGUGCGAGGAUCAGGUCAAAAGAGCCAAGAAGAAGGCCGAGGACCAACGGGAGAAGAAAGCCGCCGAGUACGCCCGUCUCAAGCUUGAGAUGACAGAAAAAUUCGCCGAGGCUGAAAAACGGAGAACACUUUACCAGCAAACCCACCGGCGCCAGCGCACCAGCAGCCUACCCGCUACAGAGGAAAAGAAGAUGGUCAAGGCACUCACUCGAGAUGCAGCAGCGCGCAAGAUCCAGCGAGUGUGGAAGACGCAUCACGCAAAGAGGGUCAUGCAGGAGUUCCACGGUCUCAACUUGUCGGUGGAACGAAUCCGUGAUAUGCCCUUCGAGGAGGUUGGAAUUUUGGUGUCCAACCAAGAUGUCCUUGACACCAUGACCAAGGUCCUUCGACUAUGCGGCUUGAAUGAUAUGGAGGGCGGUGCUUUGGGGAACGAGGCGCCGUUCGCACAUUUCUUAGAGCAAGAUCUCAUUGCAAAGGCGCGCGAGCUGCUCUCGGCUUUCGGCCAGGUCACCGCAUUGCUUUCAUCCGGUUGUUGCUCUCCAGCCGUUAUCAGUGCCGAUUUACAGACCCUAUGCGAGUCUCACAAUGUGUUUUUCUCCGCUUUCCACGCAUGGAAGUCUCACGACUCGACUGUUUUGAUCGAGAUCAUGCUUGCUCAAUUCGUGGAGCUAGAGAUGAUCUGGCAGACUGUUAAAGGCGACACUGCGGGUGGCGUUGCCGAGGACUACCGACAAGGCAUCCGACAGAACCAAAUCCUCCUUCUGGCUCGCUUGAAACGCCUUGCAGGCUCAGAUCGCGCAAUGCAGAUGGUUCGAGAUUCUCUCAAGAAGGCUAAGCGAGAGAAGAGACGCUCAGCCUCAAAGCAGGCCAUCCCUCGAUCUGCCGAAGUGGCCCCUGCGUCGACAGAAGUUUUGACGGAGAGUGUUACUUCUCCUAUUAGCGAAUCAUUCAAUAACGUUGAUGCGGCCGUCCUUCAGGAACUGGACAAGCAGCGAGAUUCUCCGCAUGAACGAUUCACGAAAAUUCUUACUGCUUUGCCGGAGAAUCGAGUGUUAGUGCACGAGCUCUUACUAAAUAAAGAAUUCAAGAUAGAAGAAGCGUCCUACGCCGAACCUCGGAGACAGAUCAUGGCGCACAUGUGCGAUCAGAUGAGAAGAGAUGUGGAAGCUGGUCAGGGCACCGCUUGGACCGUUGCUAUGGCCACUGUAAUCCAAGACCGUUUGCUCCGAUCUCUCCGACCUGGCAACUCCCUAUACGUGUUGAUCAGUGAAGUCCUUGACCCCAAACUUGUGGAAUCGCAGUGUAAUGCAGGAUCGUUCUCCUACAGCAAUUUCUUCGACUUCAUGAACAACAUUCUCCCUCGCCUCUGUGCUCCUUAUCGAGACCCUGCCGUCAAGGCGUUCGCAGAGGAUACAUCCGGGGACGCCAUCGACCGACUAGCAAGGUUGAUGAGUAUCAUCGAUCUUCUGUCUCUUGACCACACCAACUUCAUGAUUCAGAUGGCUGCACCUCAGCUUAUUCAAGAAGCACCGGGAUAUGAGCAACGGACCUUUGAGAAAGGCAUUGCCGACGGAUCUAUCACCUUAGGCAAGACUAGACGAUUCUUGCGCACACACCGGAAGAUUAUUGUCGACGAGAUGAAGAAACGAGACCCGGAGAACAUCCACGGAGAGCCCCAACCUCACUCCACAAGAAUCUAUGCGCACGGCCUUACCGACUUGGUUCUCAGUAACGCGGCUGUUUCUGAGGACUUGAUUCCGGAGACCCUCGCCCUCGACCACCAACGACUAGAGCGAUUGCACGCUCGCGCAUUCCAGAUCGUUGCCACAGCUUCUAUUCUGUUGACCGCGAAGAACCUCCUGAAACGUGAUGCGCGAUCUCAGUGGAAGCCAGAAGCGGACCGGAUUCUCUCUCUCGACUUUAAUGAGAUCACCGUGGAACGACCUCCGCCAGCGCACAGCUCACAGCCACAAUCAAACGAGUCCCUAGUACCGGUUGCCGCUGCGAAGAACGCUGCGGCCCCUCAUGCUUCCGUGCACGUGCAAGCUGAUAGCUUUUCUGAGGGGUCAAGCUCCUCUCGGGACGAUGCUAGCGAUUCUUCUGGCGGACCCCCUGGUUCUCCAAAUCCUAGCUUCACUGAUCCUGUAGCCCGCCUCAUCUUAUCGCGGCUGCGGAGUCACGUUCUCUCGCGGUUGAGUGCCUCAAGUGCUUCCGAACGAGUUCGGACAACGACCACCGCCAGUCAAAGCUUGGCCAGUGCCGGUAUGCCGGAGUUUGUGGGGGAAGUUGGGCAACUGGUGGAUGAAUUGGAGAAGGUGCGAGAAGUGGACUGGCAGUGCCACGGUGCGGUAUACGAACGAUUAUUUGAAGAAGGGACUCUCUCGCAGUAA